GGAGUGUCUCCCCCCUGGUUUAUUGUCUUCCGUUUUGUUCCCCAACGGCUCCGCCAGUGAAUAAAAUAAAAUGAAACGUCAGUCUCCAAACGGAGAGAAUUGAUUUGAAUUAAAUAGUAUUCAAGCUGAACGCGUAUUCGCGACCUUGUGUCGCCUUAUCCAAUCGCAUUCUGAUCUGUAGUUACGGCCGGUGCUUCUGUUUACAUCCUAUCAACCGAUUAUACAGUGAAAAUUCAGUCGUAAGAUUGCCGCGGUUGUCGGCGUAUGCCUAUUAGAACUACCAAAAUAGAAUGCAAUCGUCGUGUUAGGAUGUGAAGGCUCCGUGGAUUCGGUGCGAGCUGAGCUGACCUUACAUCUGAGUAAAGACAUCGACCCACGCUGUUUAAUAAAGUGACUCCUACGCGGCACAACCACUGAGGAACUGCGUCGUCUAAACAUUACAAUGAGCAAAAUUAUGAGAAAUACCAACGUGUCGUGUCGUUAACUUAUGCUCUGCUAUUUUAAAUCUAAGUUAAAGUGUUUAUUUUGCUGAAAUCUGUGCGUCUGUGUGUCUGAAUGAGUCAGUCUGGAGGUGUUGUGUAGUGUUUCUGUUUUGCUGGCCAAACUACAGAAUUCCGUCAACACUCAAGGCUACUUUGUUAAGAAACCUGAUGUUCUUCAACUCUGCAAACUGUUACAAGAAACAAACCAAUAUGGCCGCAAAAGCUAUAAGAUAGUCAAAUAGUACAACUGAAAUGAAAAGUUCCUGUUGAGUUAAGUGAAAAUCAUUCAAAAUAAAAAAGUCUGCGGCUCUGCUGUGUUACAAAGUGAGGAUGGAUGAAAGCGAUGUCAUCAUAUCAUCCACUGAGAUUAUUAAAGACAGAUUGUACUUCGCGACGCUGAAAACUGGUUACAAGCCCAAACCUACCAGAAACAGCAAAUAUUUCCACAUAGAAGAUGAGAUUGUGUACGAGAACUUCUAUUUUGACUUCGGGCCUUACCACCUCUGCCAUUUGUACCAGUUCUGCAACAAGCUUAAUGAGGAAUUGGAGAAGAACCCGAAGAAGAAGAUUGUUUUCUACACCAGCAACAAUGAGACCCUACGGCUUAAUGCGGCCUAUCUUAUUGGGAGUUAUCAGAUAAUUUACCUAGACACAAGUCCAGCAGCAGUCUACAAGCAGCUUACAGACGGUUCCGACUGGUCCCUGCUGAACUUCCGCGACGCCUCCGGUGGUCCUCCACUCUUCGAUAUAUCCUUGUUGGACGUGUUGCACGGCGUGAAGGUAGCCCAUGAUGCGAGGUUCUUCGACUUCGAUAACUUCGAUGCUGAGCAGUAUUUGUUUUAUGAGAAAGUGGAAAACGGCGACCUAAACUGGAUAAUACCGGGUAAAAUGCUCGCCUUCUCCGGCCCCCACCACCGUUCCCGUCUCGACCGGGGCUACCCCCUCCACAGUCCUGAGCACUACCACGAUUACUUUCGCAAACACCACGUGACGACCAUCGUACGACUCAACAAGAAGUCGUACGACGCGCGGCAGUUCACCGCUCAUGGGUUCGAACAUCGGGAGCUGUUCUUUGUGGAUGGGUCCGUGCCGUCCGAUCUGAUUGUGAACCGGUUUAUAAGGAUCACGGAGAUGGCUAAAGGUGCUGUUGCUGUGCAUUGUAAAGCGGGUCUAGGCCGCACGGGCACCCUGAUCGCGUGCUAUCUGAUGAAGCACCACGCGUUCACUGCGCGGGAGUCCAUCGCCUGGCUGCGUAUCUGCCGUCCUGGAUCCGUUAUAGGGCACCAGCAGUGGUUCCUUGAGAACGUCCAGCCCCGCAUGCAUGCAGAAGGCGAGUCGUACCGUCGCCGACACAACAUCACCACUCUACCAGUGUUCCCGCGCGGCAUCUACAGCGAGCCGCCCGCAGAGACGCUCGACAACAAGCCGGUGCUGCACACCAGCAAGCUCACUAACAAGUUGGACAACGCAAACGUGUUAAACGCGAACGAGACAGACUCCGAGAACAACGUGACGUCAGUGAUCGGCAAGUACAAGACUACCCCCACUCCUAUGCUGCCCACUAAGACAGUAUUCGCUCCAAAAAUGAACUACAUGAUGCCAACCAACAACAUACGGAACGCAAACAACACCAACUUGAAACAACCGCCGCGAAUCAUCAACAGUACCUUAAAAUCUCACUAUGCGUCCAAAACUUCCACCUUUCCCCCAACUAGAAGUGCCAAUUCUCAAGCCAACAAACUUGCCGGAGGAGUGAAACCCUUCACUGGUAAGAGCAGCUUCCACGGCCAGCGAGCCAACCUCGCCCGCCCCGCCCUAGGCUACACGCACGGCGCCAGCCCACUCAAAACCUUCACCAGGAAAACUGUCAGCGUCAACAAAAUCACCAACAAUGACAGCGCAGUCGUCACAACGCUAAACAACGUAACUUCAACCUUAUCGGCGCUGACAGAAAACUGCCAUUUGAAUGGCAAGAAUCGUCUCCCGUCUGAGCCAAACUUGAAAUCAGUCGUCCAAAAUAAACCUACUAACUCGAAUUUAACAGCUCGCAAGAAAUUGAUAGUCAGGUCAAACUCCAGCUCCCGUAAGAAGGUACCUAAAAGUAAUUUGCCCAAAAGCAGUCUUGAGUCGACUCAGGAUCUGUCUUCCAGUGAUACAAACGUCACAAACAUUUCUGCAGAUUCUCUGGAAACUCCCUUCAGAUUCAGACGGAAAAGGGACAAAUCUAACAGUCCAGAACCUAUGGACUGCAUCACAAACUCUGUCAUCACAGCUGACGUCACGCCCGAUAACUUUGAAGAGACAAACAACUCCCAAGGAAAUAAGUUGUAUAAAAUAAAAGCGUUGAGGAAGAAAUGCCCCGCGUUUGGCGUCAGUUUGCUGAAGAAGGACGGCGUUCAGACGCGGUCGAGUAGUUGCGCCAGUAGCUCGACCGUCAAGAAGAAAUGAUCUCUGUGAAAGGCCGACAGCUAGUAGUGUUCGUGUCUAGACGUAUAGUGUAACGAUGUGCAUAGCACUCGACGGUGUUGUCGUUUAUACUCUUGAUGAAUUUGUUUAGAUGCUUCCUAACAUUUUUUUAACAAUCGACUGAACUUUUUUAUUAUUGAACUCAUAUCAAGUUAAAAUCUGCUAUAAAUGACACUUAGUCUAAACAAAUUCAUCAAUGUUUUUGAUGUAUAGUUGUUAACGCUACUUGACCCCGCGGAAAGCCUACUGUAAUCUCAUUAGUUACUACUGACGUGAAGUUAGCGAGUGGUCGAUUGAUUGCCUGCCGAAUGGAUCAUUAUAUGUUUUAUAUUUGUUGAAAUACUUACGUUACAAUAUUUUGUGGCAUUUUGUGUCCGUAGUGAUACAUACGCUCUGAACAGAGCAUCGGAAAGUGUUCAGUCAAAUAUAUACAGAUACAUCAAUAUAAAUACAUAUUAUAUAAUAUCAGCAGUUGAAUAUAUUAUAGUUGACUAUAUAUACUUUGAAUAUCGUGCCUCUGUUAUGCGGUGCAUUCACGUAGAAUGUCUUUGAAAUAGAGAUUUUAUAAUAAGCUUGCUAUACAGACAAUCAGUUGAUCGGUAGUGUUGUAAGGAGAAAUAUUUUUGUAGUUAAAAUUAAUAAGUGAUUACAAAAUGCCAUUUUCUUUAGCUUUUAUUGAGCGUUUUGUUGUUUAGAUUUAUGAAUCGGUUGAAUAUGUUACAUUUUGUUGUCGUCUUGUGAUCAUUAUCAGUUUUAUAUAAUAGUAUAUAGUAAGUAUGUUUAUUCGCCAUGCUCAGAUAUUUUAUGAACUGCUAUUAUUUUUGUGAUUGCUUGAUGUACACUGAGACUUGGUUUGUGCAAUAUAAAGCGUAUUUUAUAUAAACUAGUUGACAUAUGACCUGACAUUGCCUUGGAUAUAUUUACUACAUAUACCGCGAUGAGUCUUAGGUAUACACUUGAUAGUUUUUAUUGAAAUAGUCUAAUAUAACAGUAUAUAUACAAUAGUAUAUAAUUUUAUACAGUAUAGUACUUCUUAGUGUGCAUUAAUUUAAGACGGUUACGUUUGAAAGUUGUCACAAAUGCUGUGUGAAGGUAGCUUAACAUUAUAAUGUUAACGUUAGUUGUAGACGUGUUAAGUGUUUAUACGUUUUUAGGUGAAACUAAUUAUUAUAUUGUAGCAUUGUUUAGUCACAAAUAUAACAGUUGCGGUGGAAAUAUAACUUCUAUCACCCGACCUUUGCUCUAGUAAAUGUUACGGUAGAUAUCACAAAAUUUAUAAUAUUGUUUUUUUUAUUUAUUUGUGUAUAGAUUUAUUUACUUAUAUGCUUGUUAUUGUCUGUUACUGUACUUUAUAAGUAUUUUAUUUUUUUCGCAGUAUUAUGUUUUGAGAAAUCUUUAAAAUGUAUUUAUUAUAUUUUGACCGCAACUGUAGAAAUGUUGAAGCCUAUCUGAAGUUCCAAACUGUACGAAUUUACAGUGUCAUAUCAAUUUGUACACGCUUGUGUAUCGCGUCCUGUCGCGGGCGACUCUAUGCUUCUGAAAUAAUAUUUUGGUGCCUACAAAUAAUAAAAACCUAUCUGUUGCUUUGUUUGCUAAGGAUCCAAUUUUAACAUUAACUCCAUACAAGUAAUCAAAGUCAAAAAAGUUAAUCGAAACUAGACUAGUUUUCACGUUAAAAUUACAAAAGGAUAGCACUCCCAAAACUCUCUGCAGAAAUGUCAGGUAUCUAUCUCUAAGCAAGAAAAACUAGUGGCGCCUUUAGCUCCUGUAGCACCCGGGUGCAAUCAUUGCCCAUUAUUUAGAUCAAAGUCCUUAGAGAUUAUUUUGAGUUCACAAAUAUCUUAAUUUCUAUAGUAUUAGUUAGGUUGUGUGGACAUAACAUAAUAUACAUGGUAUUUGUAGGCACUAAAUGUAAAAAAAUAACUAUAAAUUCAUUACUGUUGAAUGUUGUGAAGACUGUUGUCUAUGCCAUUUAUCGUAAUAGUAUUAUUUAAUUAAUCUGUACUUACAGUUUGAUUCCUUAUUCAAUUAUAAUUAUUUGUAGACAUACUAUAAAUUAUAAUAAUUUACAAGAGUUGUUUUUGGUUGUCAUUCUAUUUUCUUUCUUUUCUGUUUCAACUCUUUAUUGAAAUUGAUUUUGUGCCAUUUCUUUGAAUUAAAAUAAAUACAUAAAUUGAAUUGUAAGUACAGUGAACAGUAUAAUAACGAUACGCUUUAGAGGUGCGGCAGCUAAGGAAGGUAAUUUGUUCUCUAGUAAUCUGUUGUCGAUAAUUUUACUGACAUAUCAAUAUAUCGAUGUUUGUUUACCUUGCACUAAUGUUUAUAGUUUUGUAAAUAAGAUAUGUUUUUUUUUUUGUGAUUUGAUAUUUGGGCGCUUUUUAACUUAAAUGCUUUUUUUAAGGUAAGGAUAUUUUAUCCCCUGGUAACUCAAAGAUAGAACCACAUCAGAAAGUUUCUUUUGCAGAAUCUUGAUUCAAAAGGUAAUGGUUAAAUAAAAUUAUUUCCUUGCACUUAAUUUAGCUAUUGGUAAAAAGGCGCUCAAAUGUAAAUUAUUAUUAUGAUUUUCAAAAAAUCUCCAUUUCAAUCAUUUGUACAGUUCUAUCCAAAAUGCAGUGUUAUAAUCGCAAUGUUUUUGUACUACUAUGUAUUUAGAAUUUUAUUUUUGAUUAAUUUUUAUAAUUCGAAUUCUUUUUUUUGUGCCCUAAGGUCCAAAAUACUUUUGUUUUUUGUUCUUCGAUAAAUUUUUCCUUCUAUUUUUCCGUUCGUAUAUUACUAUGUUUCAUAGUAUAAUAUUAUGAUGUUUCCAUCUCCAAAACUUUGUGUUAUUAGUGGAGACUUUGGCUAUUUCUCAAAGUUUUGCUAAAGUUAUUUUUCCUAACCUAUAAAUAUAUCCUAAUUUUUGGACCUUGUGGCUAAAAACUGCAAUGGUGCAAGACUGUUUUUCCACUUUACUUUAAAUCACAAUUACACUAAACUUGGAUUAAUAGGUGCAUAAAUAAGUAUAUAUUUGUAUAUGUAGAAUAACUAUUACUUUAAGGACAAUUGCUUUGUUAAAUAUUUUUUUGUUUUUAUUUUUCUACUAUAUUAUUCAUAAAUUGCAAUCACAAUACACAGGCGUUUAUUAGUCCAAGUUUACAAUCAAAUAUGCGAAAUAUAAUAAUUUGUAAGAGUUGUAUUUUUAUUGAGGAUAUUUUUAUAACAAUAAUAUGUUGGUGCGCAGGAGUGGAUGGAAAAGGGACCAGAGCGUUGUAGAGAUACAGAAUUUGUAUUGUCAUUGUUUUGCAUCUGUUGUCUAGAUAUAGUUUAAAAUAUUAAUUAUGUUGUGAUCUUGAGAUCUAAUCAGUUACUAAUGUAAUGUGCACUUACCAUAGGUAUAUAUUUGUAUAUAACCGAGGUAUCACCAUCGUUUCGUGGUGUACAGAAAUAUGCUUGUGCUUAAUAAAAUUAAAAAGAUAUAUUCCAAUUUA